AUGGAGAGAAUAACUCCACUUGUAUUACUUGUUAGCCUACUUAUCCUGUUUGCUUCAGUUGUGAAUCAGACUAGAGCAAAUAUAUGUGUCGAUGGACUCGGCACUUGCGAAAACUGCGACCAGAGAUGCAAGUCCAAACACGGGCCAUCAAGCCAAGGCGACUGUAGUGACCGCUCUAUUGGAGAGCCUCUGUGCAGGUGCCACUACCAAUGUGAACCACCCUCGCUGACUCCACUCAAUACUUGCAAUGGUGUGGCCGGUUUAUGUAGUCAAAGGUGUCCAGAAAAAUGUUGCGAUAUUAACUGUGCACAUAAGUAUACAGGUGGAAGUGGGUUUUGUAACUCCCUCGGCGAUUCUAAUGUUUGCCAGUGCCAAUAUCCUUGUUAA